GGGGAGCUGCCGCCUUUCCGCUCGCUCGCCGCGGUGCCUCCGGCGGGCGCUGUGGCUGCCUACCCAGAGUGCAGCGGGCGGGCGGAGGCGGCGCGGCAGCGGCUGGGCUCGCGCCGCUCGUGCUCCCCGGCCCUCGGCGCAGCUGGUCCCGGGCGCAGGCGGCGGCGCGGCCCAGAAUGCGAGUGUGAGAUGCUUCCCCCGGCAGCGGCUCCCCGGGCCCAGGCGGCGGCGGCGGCGGCCCUCGCGUGGAUGCGGCUCCGGAGCCGGCGCUUCACGCUGCACAAACAUUUCUAUAGGACUCAUUCGCCCUGCUGAGGAGCGCGGCCCGGCCCCCGCCCGGGCCAUGCAGGCCCCCGGCACAGCCUCGCCGCUCAGCGCCGCGCAGGUGGGCCGCCUGCGGGAGGAGCAGGGAAAGGUGGUCACUAGCUGCCAAGAAAAAAUCCAGCACUGGAGGAAGGUGGAGAAUGAUUAUGAGGCUCUUCAAGAACGUCUCAAUACAUUGCCUGAUAAACUGUCUUAUGAUAUCAUGGUACCUUUUGGUCCCCUUGCCUUCAUGCCAGGAAAACUUGUCCAUACCAAUGAGGUCACUGUUCUGCUUGGGGACAACUGGUUUUCCAAAUGCUCAGCUAAGCAGGCCAUUGGCCUGGUUGAGCACAGGAAAAAACACGUAAGGAAAGCACUGGAUGAUUUGCAAAAAGUCAUGAAGAAUUUUGAAUCCAGAAUUGAAUUCACAGAAGAUUUGCAGAAGAUGAGUGACGCAGCAGGUGAUAUUGUUGAUAUAAGAGAAGAAGCUGAAAAUGAUGGCACUGAAACAAAAGGAAAACGCAGAACUGCUCACAAGCCUCAUUCAAAGCCAAAAGUGUCGGAUGUUUUUGAGGUACAUUUUCAAGAAAAUGGGACGGAUACAAAGUCCAAGGGCUGUUCCCAAUCUGAGGAGGAACUGUGGGCCCGAUUGGAAGAGCUUGAGAGACGAGAAGAGAUGCUGGGUGAAUUUGACAGGACACCUGAUACAACUGAGGCAAAUGGAGAAGAUACAACCUCCUCUGAAGAGGAGAAAGAAGAUAAGACAGAUCUGAAUGUGGUACACAGAGUGGAAGACUCUACUACUCAGGACAAUGUACAGAAAGAAGUAACAAAUUCAGAAUUGUUCAGUGGUCAAGUUAAUGGCCCAAGUCAUUAUCACAGUGAUGAUGAAGAUGAUUUAGGCGUUGAUCAUUUUGAACCAACUAUAUUUUUUUCUCAUACUGUUGAACCUAAAAGGGUAAGAAUAAACACAGGAAAAAAUACUACUUUGAAAUUUAGUGAAAAGAAAGAAGAGGCCAAACGUAAAAGGAAGAAUAGCAAUGGCAAUGGACACUUUGCUCCAGAACUGCCUAACAUCAAAACACCAGCAGACAUUUACCGAGUCUUUGUUGAUGUUGUGAAUGGAGAAUAUGUCCCUCGUAAAUCAAUUUUGAAGUCUCGAAGCAGAGAGAAUAGUGUUUGUAGUGAUACCAGUGAGAGCAGUGCUGCUGAGUUUGAUGACAGACGAGGAGUUCUGAGGAGUAUUAGCUAUGAUGAAGCUACUUACAGUGACAACAGUGAAGGGAUCUUGGAGGAGGAAGAGGAGGAGGGGCAGGAGCAUCUUCCAAAAAAACUUUCAACCUUAUCAGGGACAUUUGAGGCUUUUUCUGGAACUGUUAUAGAAAAAGAGCCUUUGUCUCCCUUAAUACCACACCCAAGCAUUGCUCACCCUGUCCUGCCUACCAUUCCAGAGCGAAAAUCAGAGGAAGUUCUGUCUGAGGCAUCAGAAGAAACUACAAAGAGGAUUUCAAAAUUCAAAGCUGCCAGAAUGCAACAGACAAACUAGGCCCUGCUGCCUACACAUUGAAAGUUUGAAUAUUAACGCUUAGUUUCACAUUUGUUGAGAUUAUGUAAAACUACGUGCAUUACGCCUAGUUAGUAAAAAGGUAUCUUAUGUUAAUUUGGCAUUGUUUAUCUUAAUAGACCUCUAUUGGUGAUAUUUAACAAAAAAAAAAAAUGUUUGAACACUUCAAUAUUCAGUUAAUUUUGUCAAUUUCCCUGUAUGUGGUCAGCACCUUUGUAUAUGUUUGCCUUAUGAUAACAGCACUUGGAAUUAUUUUUCAAAGAUUUCUCUUCAUAUGUCAUUGGUUUUAUGUUUAAACCUAAAUAUACAGGCAGUUUUGUACCAGCUGUGAUGUCCUACUUACCAUCUGGACAGUUUUAAAGAAACUUUUCAAAUUUCAAAUUGAUUCAACAAUUAUAUUUCAUUAUUUGCUUUAGCAUUUUAAGACACUCUUGUAUCCACAUUGUUGUAGGUACCUGCUAAAAUUCAGGUUUUUUUCCUUCUAUUGAACCUCUCUGAUAUCUUACUGUACAGAUCUUUAAAACGGAAAGCUGUAUUCAUGUACGUUGAAGGGAAGUUUCUUUCAUGGAAAAUGGUAUUUUGUAAAAUUAAACUUUUCAAGUAAAAACAAA